CCUGCUAGCUUAGUAUAGCUCAGUUACGAUCCAUGUUGUUUUAGAUUUGAUGUGGGGGAAUAGAAAAUCUGUGCAGCCAGCGUAACGUUUCAUAGCAGCUGCUAGCCCGGGUAACGGUCGGCGAAAGCACGGUGUCUGUUUACAGGAAAACAUAAACCUCGGUACUUUAAGAACAAAGUUUACACUUGGAGGUGACUAAGUUGCCGGUAAAUUAGCCUUUUUGGACGUACAUCCACGCGUAUGCCCGGUGACCAUGUCCUCGUUUAAAUAGCCGUAGUGGAGAGCGAGGAUGGCCGCGGACGUUGAUAAAAGAUCCUCCGAGGACAGGAGUAAAACGCCACCGCGGAAUGGACACCAGAACCGGGAAGGGUCGCCUCCUGGCCCCGGCAAGGCUUCCUGGAUGUCCAGAGGCUUCAGGGCGCUGCUGUUGUUCGCUGUUGUCCCCCUUCUCGCCUUUGGGAUCAAGUACUAUCAAGAUGCCCAGCUGCUCAAACGUCAUGAAGAGAGUUUAAAGACUCUGGGUGCAGAGGGGCUGUUCCUCUUCUCCUCCUUAGACACAGACCAUGACCUUUAUCUCAGCCCUGAGGAGUUUAAACCCAUUGCUGAGAAACUCACAGGAAUUGCACCUCCAGUGGAGUUUGAUGAGGAAGUGAUCCAUGACCCUAAUGGAGAGACUCUGACACUGGAGGCCAAAAUGCAGCCUCUGCUGCUCAACACCAUGACAAAGAGCAAAGAUGGAUUCCUUGGGGUUACCCACAGCUCCCUAAGUGGACUGCGGUCAUGGAAGAGCCCAGCAGUGCCUUCCUCUACCUUCUCUGCCAGCCAGUUCAGGGCCUUCCUGCCCCCGAAGAACAAGGGUGAAGUGGGAGACACCUGGUGGGUGAUUCCUAGCGAGCUCAACAUCUUCACGGGGUAUCUACCCAACAACCGUUACCACCCACCCCCACCCAAGGGCAAAGAGGCUCUCAUCCACUCCCUGUUGAGUAUGUUCCACCCUCGACCCUUCAUCAAGUCACGUUUCGCUCCUCAGGGCACAGUGGCCUGCAUUCGUGCCAGCAACGACUUUUAUUAUGACAUCGUCUUCAGGAUUCAUGCAGAAUUUCAGCUGAAUGACGUUCCAGACUUUCCCUUCUGGUUCACCCCAGGGCAGUUCACGGGUAACAUUAUCCUCUCUAAGGAUGCAUCCCACGUCCGCCACUUCCACCUCUAUGUCCCCACUGACAGGUCUCUGAAUGUAGACAUGGAGUGGCUGUACGGGGCCAGUGAGAGCAGCAACAUGGAGGUGGACAUCGGUUACUUGCCUCAGUUAGAGCUGCAGUCUGUAAGUCCAUCCACUCCCUCCUUCAUCCUGGAUCAGGACGGCAACAUCAUUGACAGCCGGGACGAAGGAGGUGAACCCAUCCAGUUUGUUUUUGAGGAAAUCCACUGGACCUCAGAGAUCAGUCGCCAGGAGGCCACUCGCCAUCUGGAGGUCAUCCUCUACCCCUUCAAGAAGGUGUCCUACCUGCCUUUUUCCGACGCCUUUGAGCGAGCACAAGCAGAGAAGAAGCUAGUGCACUCCAUUCUGCUUUGGGGAGCAUUAGAUGACCAGUCCUGCUGAGGUUCGGGGCGAACUCUCCGGGAGACAGUCCUGGAAAGUUCGCCCGUCCUGGCCUUGCUUAACCAGAGCUUCAUCAGCAGCUGGUCCCUGGUCAAAGAGCUGGAGGACAUGCAGGCUGAUGAGGAGAAUCCUGUGUUGAGCAAAAAGGCUCGCCUACACCUGGAGAAGUACAGCUUCCCUGUGGAGAUGAUGGUGGCGCUGCCCAAUGGAACUAUUGUCCACCACAUCAACGCUAACUACUUCCUCGACCAGACGGCCAUGAAACCAGAAGAGGAAGGAGCUACUUUCAGCUUCUCCGGAGGGUUUGAGGACCCGUCCACUUCCACCUACAUCAACUUCCUCAAGGAGGGGUUGGAGAAAGCAAAGGAGUACCAGAUACAGUAGUGUGUAUGUAUGUGUGUGUGUGUGUGUGUGUGUGAGUGAGUGAGUGUGUAAAUGAGACAGUGAGGCUAGGAAAUUGUAGGAAAUUGUGGUAAUUUCUCUGGAUAAUGAUCAGAGAUAUUGAAACUCCCCCUACUUGUGGGUUUGGGAUGUUUUUUUCCAAGCGUAUUGGCAGCUGAAAAACAUUUUUGCCUUCUUCCAGUUUUGCUUUUUUUUCUAGUAAUAUUUAUUUAGGCCUCUCACCUGGUCAGCAACAAGGUUUUAUAAAUUAAGUUUAAAUAUACAGUAUUUGUAUUAUAGCUCACAGUAAAAGAUCUAACGAGAAAAUGAAAUCUGAAAAAGCAGUUUUACUGUUACUAUCCAUAUAUUUUGAUGAAAUGCAAAGGCCAUGCACAGUGAGCAGUGGCAACACAUCUAGAUGUAGUGUCUCUCUGCUUGUAGUUGCUGAUUGAAUUUUCUGCAAUAUUUGUCUUGAACAAUGCCCAUUCUGUUGACAUGAGAGAAAAAGAUAAUCACAACCUAACAUUCCAUAUUUUGUAUUUUAUAUCAGUGUUAUGUGUGCAAUAUUUGAGGACUGAACCACAGAGAAGUAUGUCUUUUGAGUUUUCCUGCUGCCUGGAGACAGGGCGGUGCAGAUGUUGUCUGUAGCUGAGCUUGGGCAGUUUGUGACGGCUUUGCCUGAAAGCUUUCUGUGAGCUGGACAAGGCCUGAUGUUAUUGCUGAGGCUGCUGCAGGGAACACCCCUCUCCGUCCCAGAGGAUGAACGCAGCAGGAAAAACAAAACCGGAGUGGCACAUAAAAGACGUAAUUCAGUUGUUUUCUUGUGUUUUGAGUAUGAAACCAAAUGUUGAGCUCUGGAGAUUUUCCAUUUUGGGGAACCUGCCCAUAUGGCAGUCAAAUGUGACCACACCAAAGAAAAUCAUAUGUAAUGUGCACAGGAACUAGUUUGUAGCUAGAUUAGCUGUUAAGUAAAGUAUCAUCGGCCACUUGUCGCUGUGUUAGUGAAAUGAUCACAUGAUCACCAAAUGAUCAUGUCAUGGUCAUGAUCUUUGCCUUUUUGUUGUUGCUUUCCAUUACUGAAAGGCAAAUGCUACUGUGUAAUUUUAUUAUCCUUUCUUGUGCUGCAGUCAGAUUGGUUUUUCCCCCUUUUCUUAGUAUCUAAAGUUUUAAGUAAAGGGGUUAAUUUAAAAGCACCAUUUGGGGAAUCUGUUGAAGAGCUUAUCCCUAUCCCUGUGCAUCAUCUUUCACUGUCAUCUUUGCAAAAUUUAGUGAAGGAGAUGCUAGGAAUUUCCUCAACUUUGUUUUGACCCCGGAGCAAAGAUCCUGACAUGUUGGUAAAUCAAAAAUUAAGUUUGAAUGUGACUUUCUCAAAGCCUUACAGUUUUAAGGUCAUACAUGACCUUGUCCAUAUUAAAUAAUCAUCUGAUUGCUUAUAGCCUCUGGGGAAAACACUCUGUUACCUGAAAGUGCCAUUUUUGCACACAUUGAAAUAAAACUCUUUGUUACAAA